GCGUACGUUGAGGCGUAAAGUAUUCAAGGUAUAGGCGCGCCGCCACGGAAUUGGAAACCCUCUCGCUCGCUCGCUCGCAGUUGUAGUCCAGUUCUCUUCCUCCCGCCGAGGCAGAGGUUCCAGUUUCACACGCAAUAACGCAUUCAGCUUUCGAAUUCCUCUGAGAGAGAGAGAGAGAGAGAGAGAGAGAGAGAAUGGGAGGAGAAGGGAGAGAAGGGGAUUGGGACUGCAGCGGAUGCGGGAACCGGAACUACGCGUUCAGAUCGUUCUGCAACAGAUGCAAGCAGCCACGGCUUCUGGUCGACACCAAAACUCCCGCCGAUUCCAAAUGGCUGCCCCGGAUCGGAGACUGGAUUUGCGUCGGUUGCACUAACAACAAUUAUGCAUCAAGAGAGAAGUGUAAAAAGUGCGGGCAACCAAGGGAGGUAGCAGCAAUGCCAGCAAUUGCAAUGCCUGGAGCUUCUCUGCAAACUCAUCCGCAUUAUUUUGCCAGGGCCCUGGGAGUACCAGAACAAAAUAUGAAUAUUGGAUUAUUGAGCAAUGUAGCACUCCAGCAGUCACUAUCUUUGGGCUCUAAUUGGUCUUUAGGAGGGGCUGAUAAAUAUGGAGUGCAGCCAGCUGAUAAGUAUGGAAUUCAGCAGGCAAACCUAUAUGCGAACCAAGCAAACCCAUUGCUGAUGGUUCCUAAAGGAUGGCGAAAUGGUGACUGGAUCUGCAGUUGUGGCUUUCACAACUAUGCUUCUCGUGGUCAGUGCAAAAAAUGCAAUGCUUCUAUGCCACCAGCAUUGGGAACAAAGCGAUUAGCAUCUGAUGAAGUUCAUGACUGGGAUAACAAAAGACUGAAUGCAGGACAGACACUUGGACUGCAGCAUGCAUACCCAGCAUUUGAUCAAGCAGCUGUUUCUGGUGGCAACCAAACAACUGGCUUACAUGCCCCUCCCUAUCCCAGUGGAAGCUCAGCAGGAGCUCCAGGUUUACAAGUCAAUUUUACUUUUCCGAAUGCAGCAGCAGCAACGCCUACACUCCUUGGCAAAGGAGCAAAGCAAUGGCGUGAUGGGGAUUGGAUGUGCACAAACUGCAACAAUCACAAUUAUGCAUCUCGAUCCAAAUGUAAUAGGUGCAACACCCAGAAAGAUGCAUCUGCUCAGCGGGUCAGCGUCGGGCAGCUGUAAAUUCAUGAACACCAUUGUCUACGGAGUUCUUCCAGUAACGGCGGGAAAAUACAGUUACUUGGCAAACUUAUAAUUGAAAUGUUACAUAGGGGGACAGUGGCAGUGAGUGAUCCUGCCAUUCCUUGUCCUUCCCAGUGUAGAUUGAUUGACAACCGACUAAUCUGUUUUUGUGAGAGAUAGUGGUCGUGAGUUAGCUUCCUUGUUGGAAAGUGGCUUCGGUUGUUUAAGAGGUUGUUCGUUAAAUUAGUUUUUGGGUUUUAUUUUCAUUUUAAGUUUUAUUUUCACUCUAAAAUAAAAUGAAAACUUAACCGGUACGUUUGCUUC